AUGUCCUCGGUUGAGCCUAGAACUAUCAAAGAAGCAUUAUUAGAACCUGAUUGGAUAUCCGCAAUGCAAGAAGAACUGGAACAAUUCAAAAGGAACAAGGUAUGGCAACUCGUUCCGAUACCGCAAGGCCAUACCAUUGUUGGUACAAGAUGGGCGUGCAAGAAUAAGUUAGAUGAAUCUGGUGCGGUCAUCAGAAACAAGGCAAGGCUAGUUGCAAAGGGCUACAAUCAACUUGAAGGUGAUGACUGUGAUGAAACGUAUGCUCCGGUGACACGAAUGGAAGCUAUCCGAAUCUUCAUAUCAUACGCAGCCCACAAAAACGUCAAGGUUAUAGAUGCUUGUGCUAAAUGA